AUGUCCCCACCAACGCUCAAGCUCACGUACUUUGACACGCCCGGCCGGGCGGAGGUCACGCGCCUUGCUCUCUUCCUCCACGACAUUCCGUUUGAAGACGAGCGAUUGAGUGACGAAGCGUUCCUCGUGCGCAAGCCGUCGCUGCCGUUCAAGCAGCUUCCCACGCUCACGAUUAACGGCGAGGUCUUUGCACAGUCGCAUGGUAUGGCGCGCUACAUUGGCGUGCUCACGGGUCUCUACCCGACGUCCAACCCGCUCGGCGCCUACCGCGUCGACGAGAUCCUCGCUGCGUCCGACGACAUCACCGCCAAGCUCUAUCCAUACUAUUUCGAAUUCGAUGCAGAGAAAAAGCUUGCAAUUGCCAAAGAGCUCACGGCAGACUCGCUCCCGACCUUGUUUGCGUGCGUUGAGGCGCGGCUCGUCGCAGCCACCGCCAAGGGUCCGUUCCUGGUGGGCGAGAUGCUCUCGCUGGCUGACAUCGAGCUCUUUGUCGUACGCAUGAUCGUGCAGUCCGGAGAGCUGGUCGAUAUUCCCACGACGCUCUGCGACAGGUAUCCGCGCUGGAACGCGAUCGCGGACGCUGUUGCCGCCCUCCCCAAGAUCCAAGCGUGGUACCAAACACAUCCGUAA